GAAGAAGUUGACCAUUUUUGAUGACGUUUAUUGUAUCGAUUUGAAAGUCAGUGUAGCGAAAUGUGCUAAUAAAAAGGCACGUAUUCGCGCAUUACAACGAUUUAUUUGUCUACUAGUUAUAUUUUAUAAUGUCUAUUUACCCAUGCCACUGCCAGGAGUAUCUUUAAGGGACACACUCUUUUCACGCCACUUAGAUACAAAGUUAUUUUCGUAGCAGGUUAGGAGAGCCUUUUCACUAACCCUAACCCUUUUCCUAACCUUAAGCUCUGUCUGAACCAGCUACGUUAAUUCUCUUAACAUACUAAGUAAAUUCUUCUAACUUACUGCGUACGUUCUCCUAACCUGCUCCGAAAAAGUUACUUAAACUCUGAGAACAAUGUCGCUUUACGACGACAUGGGCGUCGGGAGUGCGACCAGUGACACCAAGACCGAGGGCUGGUCCAAGAAUUUUAAGCUACUGCAGUCACAGCUGAAAGUAAAGAAGGCAGCUCUGACUCAGGCUAAGAGUCAGCGGAUGAAGCAGGGUACUGUCCUGGCACCAGUCAUUGACUUAAAGAGAGGAGGUUCUGCUGAUGACAGACAGAUAAUAGACACACCCCCACACAUUGCAGCAGGACUCAAGGACACAGCACCCAGCGUGUUCCCCUCGGGGGACGCGCUAAUCCCCCUGGCUGAUGAGUAUGACCCCAUGUUCCCCAACGACUACGAGAAGGUGGUGAAGAGACACCGUGAGGAGAGGCAGAGGCAGAGAGAGCAGGAACGACUGAAGGAGAUAGAGGACAGAGAGAAGAAGAGGAAGGACAGACACGAGGGCAGCAGCGCUCCGAGUGGAUUCUCCCGCUUCCCCACGGCAGAGGGAGAGUCUGAUGAGGAGGAGGAGGACUAUGAGAAGGAGAAGAGGAAAAGGAGUAUGGGUGGAGCAGCCAUCGCCCCACCCUCCUCACUCGUGGAUAGUAGAGACAGCUCGUCAUACUCCUAUGAGGAUGAGAUGCGGCCCUCCCGUGGUUCUAAAGCAGCCAUCCCUCCCCCCAUGUACGAGGACUCUGACCGCCCCCGCUCGCCACCUGGCGGUCCCACCAACUCAUUCCUGGCCAACAUGGGAGGGACCGUGGCCCAUAAGAUCAUGCAGAAGUAUGGCUUCCGGGAGGGCCAGGGGCUGGGCAAACACGAGCAGGGUCUCAGCACGGCCCUGUCUGUAGAGAAGACCAGCAAGAGGGGUGGCAAGAUCAUCAUAGGAGACGCCACUGAGAAGACACCAGGAUCCAGUAGCCAGACGGCAGCAGCUGAGCCUUUAGGCUGGGGCUCGGCUUCAAUAGCAGACCCCUCCAAGAAGUCAGAGGCCAACCCCCUCACAGAGAUCCUCAAAUGCCCCACCAAAGUCGUGCUGCUACGGAACAUGGUGGGCAGAGGAGAGGUGGAUGAAGAUUUGGAAGGGGAGACCAAAGAAGAGUGUGAGAAAUACGGCAAGGUCAUCAAGUGUGUCAUCUUUGAGAUUGCCCAGGUGACAGAUGAUGAAGCAGUGAGGAUAUUUCUGGAGUUUGAGAGAGUCGAGUCUGCCAUCAAAGGUCAUUUUGCAGGGCUCUGGCAGUGCACCUCCUUGCACAAAGGCGGAGGUAGCGGUCCUGCUGCUGGGUUGUUGCCCUCCUACGGCCUCCUCCACGUCUCCUGAUGUACUGGCCUGUCUCCUGGUAGCGCCUCCAUGCUCUGGACACUACGCUGACAGACACAGCAAACCUUUUUGCCACAGCUCGCAUUGAUGUGCCAUCCUGGAUGAACUGCACUACCUGAGCCACUUGUGUGGGUUGUAGACUCCGUCUAAUGCUACCACUAGAGUGAGAGCACCGCCAGCAUUCAAAAGUGACCAAAACAUCAGCCAGGAAGCAUAGGAACUGAGAAGUGGUCUGUGGUCACCACCUGCAAAACCACUCCUUUAUUGGGGGUGUCUUGCUAAUUGCCUAUAAUUUCCACCUUUUGUCUAUUCCAUUUGCACAACAGCAUGUGAAAUUUAUUGUCAAUCAGUGUUGCUUCCUAAGUGGACAGUUUGAUUUCACAGAAGUGUGAUUGACUUGGAGUUACAUUGUGUUGUUUAAGUGUUCCGUUUAUUUUUUUGAGCAGUGUAUAUAACUGUGACGUACGUGUGUGUGUGUGUAUAUAUAUAACUGUGACAUAUGUGUGUAUAUAUAUAUAACUGUGACGUACGUGUGUGUAUAUAUAUAACUGUGACGUACGUGUGAGUGUAUAACUGUUAUCUCUGUAAUAAGGCUAAUGCAGGGGCCAGUUUUAAAUGGGUUGUCCCAGAUCAGAAAGCAGGUGAGACUGUUCCCCCCCCCAGGUGUUACAUCACAGCUGACACAGCAACCCCCUGUCCCUCCACGCAUGCCGUUACAUCACAUCCUCUAAGGGAACAGAAACACAGCCUGCAUAAUAUAUACACACUAGACUGGGCCGGACACACGCACCCUGUUCAUUUCUAUAGAGACUAGAGAAUGCUACUAAUACCAGACUGGACACAAACAUUGUUACUAUUUUUUCCAGGUGUUUUGACUUUAGACAGUAAGGAAUUCAAAGGGGGAGACAGGCAAGUCUUAGAGAAACCGUGGGAAAGGUGGGCCCUGGGCUUGAACCCCGGCAUCCGGUGAGGAGACGCGUGUGACUUAUGCCGGGGAGUCUCACCACAGCUCUGCACAUGUAUCCAUCUUUGUCCACACAAGUGCCAGUUUUACUGGGAAUGUCCCGGUAUUGGUGUUAGGAUGAAUAGAUACUUGUCAUCACUGCUCAAACACACACGCCCCCAUGAGGUCAUGUGCCUAACGUUGAUAAGAACUCUCACACAGUGUCCAUCUCACUACUGUAGACUGGAUGUGUGUUUGAACUCUGCCUCCAGGACUGUUUGUUGUUGUUUAUUUGUGACAUUCUUGGGAAGGAGAAGGGAACUUGGGUGAUGUCCCGGCUGUGUUUGAAUACCAAGAAAUACUCAGGCCUCUGAUAGCCACAACGUUUUGGUUUUUCAAGCUUUGAUAAGAAUGAAUUACGGUUAAUGAUGAGAACACUAGACUAUCAAAGAGGAGCACCAUCCCAUAGACCGUGUUAGGAUGACAGUGUUUGUUCACGGUCCAAACGAACGAAACGACCCAAUUCCUCACUAGUCUUCACUCAAUGAUACAUCAGCAGUGAUAUUGCAGACCUGUCUGGCCAAAGCUGACAAAGUCAAGUCUGUAAUGUUGAUAAAUGUUUGCACCGUAAUAAUGUUUGUUUCCUGUCUUCUCUC